AAACGCCGCGCCUAAGACACGUGCUUGCGUCUGGCCGCGAUAAUAAUGACACCGUGAAAAAUUCGUUCGGUCCGCACUAUUUCGGUCGCAGUGAGCGAAAUAUUAAAAUUAGACAAUUUAUAACGAGAAGGAUAAAUUAAUCGUGGUGGGUGACAGUGUUGAUCGGAUCUUGUGAAGUUUGGUGUAGUGGAUUAUAUAUUUUUUUUUCAGUUAUACACGAUCGUUCGAAACUAAAGGGGUACAAAAAACACUGACUUCGUUUUAAAGGAUUAGAUUCAAUGAUGCAAACACCAAUACUGCAUUAGCUAUCAUGAGACCUAACGAAGAGGAUUGAUGAAAUCCAACUAAUAAAUAAAGAAGAUGUACGCUAGAGGACAUGCAGAGAAUUUGAAAAGAGAAACCGUCAGAAAGAAAAUUAAUUUGAACAUUUUAAUGUUCAAAUGGCUUAAAACUGUUGUUUGAGUUACUGUAGUGGGAACGAUGACUAAUGAAACGGAUUCGAAUUGGGUUCUUGGGAGUGAGGAUGCUGGUGGUCUCGUUACUGGCUGCAUAAUACGGACGAGAUAAAGCCACCUAUGGAUCGAGAAAACGUAACCCAUCAUGCAGUCAACGCGACUGUAAGCGCGACAAUCAACGGGACGGCCGAAGAAGAGUAUGACGUCACGCAGGGCGUGUUCUUCAAACUCCGGAUGUCGGUGCUCCUGCUCAUCGUUAUCACGGCUGUGCUCGGGAACAUGCUGGUCAUCGUCAGUGUCAUGAGGCACAGGAAGCUCCGCGUCAUAACCAACUACUUCGUCGUAUCGUUGGCUUUCGCGGACAUCCUCGUCGCGAUGGUUGUGAUGCCGUUCAACUUCAGCGUCCAGUUUUACCAGGGAUGGGUCUUCGGGCCGAUCAUAUGCGAUCUUUGGAACUCAUCAGACGUCUACUUUACGUCCACUUCUAUACUGCACUUGUGCUGUAUAUCGGUUGACAGAUACUAUGCCAUAGUAAAACCUUUGAAGUAUCCAACGAAAAUGACAAAAAAGGUGGCAUUCAUAAUGCUGGCAGCGACGUGGUUAAGUCCGAUCACGAUAUCUUACGUCCCGAUUUUCAUGGGAUGGUAUACGACGAACGAUUACCUGCAAACAGCGUCGAGCGAUCAGUGCGAAUUCAAAGUGAACAAGCCAUACGCAGUGAUCUCAAGUUCUAUAUCAUUCUGGAUACCCUGUACGAUCAUGAUAUUCACUUACCUAGCGAUUUUCAAGGAAGCGAAUAGACAAGAGAAGGCUUUGCACGCUCGGGCUGGUAACGCUAUGCUAAUGCAUCGACACUCAAGAGAUGUGAGCGACAAAAAUGGAGCUCUCCACAUAAACGCGACGACACCGACCAAAGACAGGAAUAUCCUCAAAAUGAAAAGGGAACACAAAGCCGCCCGAACUUUGGGAAUUAUCAUGGGAGCAUUUAUUUUGUGCUGGUUGCCAUUUUUUCUGUUUUACGUCUCGACUUCUUUGUGUGACACGUGCAAAUGCCCCGACGUGGUCACGGUAAUAAUGUUCUGGACUGGCUAUUUCAAUUCCGCCCUUAAUCCUAUCAUCUACGCGUAUUUCAAUAGGGAUUUCCGUAAUGCCUUCAAGAACACAUUAGCGUGCGCUUUUUGUAGUUUCUGUAGACGCAAUUCCUCAGAUCUUGACGCGCUGGAGAGGCUCGACAGAAGGGGUUCCGCGCAAUUACGCGUUCCUGUUGCUUCUAGGAGGGCAUCAGAUUUAGCGUCGCUUUGAGUAAAGACCAACAGUUCAGUGACAGUACUUUGAGAGGCUUUAGACUCAACGAAGACUUACUCGUGUAGUACUCACUCCAAAUAGUGUGACUGAAUUGUAUAAAAUUAAACGGAUAUUCGAACUUUGUAUUCUACUGUAAAUAUUUUUAAGAUGUAGUUUUUUUGUAAUUAAAAGCACAACGGUUACUUGUCCUUGUUUUCGAUUAGAACGUAAAUAUAUUUAUUUCUCAGCAAGUGUCCUUUAUUUUUGUGUACAACCUGUAAAUAGUUUGAGUUGGUUUGAGAAUUGUAAUGUAAUUUUACGUAGUUUUGCGUGUAUCGAUGUAAAAAUAGUGAACCGCAUGUUCCUGGUUUUACCAAAAAGUAUAAUGUUAUAUCGUCUACACCUGUAUAAUGAUAAAUUGCUCUAUCAUUCCAUGUAAAUUGUAAAAUCAGUUUUCUAUUGAGUCGUAAGACUAUUGUAAAUAUGACAAUCUCGAAAAAUAUUACAUUCGACGUAACGCUACUACUAAGGCCUAAAUCACUUA